CUUAAAUAUUCCCGCAUAGACACGGGAAAAAAAAAUAGUUCAGUCAAAUUCCAUCGAAUCGGCGGCGAUAAUGGCGGUGCGGGCGACCGUAUCUCGCUUCCCGUUGGAUGCCAACACCCUCGAGGCCUCCGGGCUACCCUGGGGCGUCACUGUCACGCCCUUCGCCCCCUUCGACGAGCGCGGCGCCACUCCUCUAUACGGAUCCGGCGGCCACCUGCUCCCCCGCUGCGACAACUGCUGGGGCUACCUCAGCACCCUCUGCGAGAUCGAGCGAUGGGGCUGGACCUGCGCCCUCUGCGGAUCUUUCGUCGGCCUCGACUCUGCCACCCUCGAUCGUUACGCCCGACCCCAGGACUGCCCCGAGCUGUCGUCUUCCUUCAUCGACCUCGACCUCCCAGCGGAGGGAUCCGGUGACGGGGAGAUGCAGGCUCGACCUGUCUAUGUCGCAGCGGUGGACUUAUCUUCUUCUGAAGAGUUCCUAGAACUUGUCAAAAGUGCUCUCCUAGCAGCUCUUGAAGCUUUGGUACCAGGAUCAUUAUUUGGUCUGGUUACUUUCAGCCACAAGAUUGGUCUAUAUGAUGUACAGGGUCCAAUAGCAGUCGUUAAAAACAUUUUUAUUCCUGAUUCAGAGGAUAGACUGCCUGUUGAUCUCAAAGAUGUCAUGCCACUGCUUUCAUUUCUAGCUCCUGUAGAAAUGUACAAAGAUCAAAUUGCUGCAGCUCUCGAGACACUAAACCCUACAACUUCUUGGGAGAGAACAACUGCUGCAGGGCAAGGGAAUGACGGUGUGUUGCUAGGUGGCCGUGGGUUUGGGGUAGCCAUGGCAGCUCUCAUUGAUUACCUGAGUUCAGAAUAUGGUAGUACAUUUGCCCUAGCUAGGGUAUUUGCAUUCAUGUCUGGUCCUCCUGACUAUGGAGCCGGACAGUUAGAUACAAGACGUUAUGGGGAACAGUACGCUAGCAAGAGGGAAGAUGCUGACCUUGCUUUGCUUCCUGAGCAGACAUCAUUCUACAAAGAUCUGGCUGCUGUUGCUGUUCAAGCAGGUGUUUGUGUGGACAUUUUUGCUAUCACUGAUGAAUACACAGAUUUGGCUUCUCUCAAGUAUCUUAGUAUUGAAAGUGGUGGCUCAUUAUUUCUUUAUUCUAACAUGGAUGAUUCCACUCUUCCACAAGACAUGUAUCGGAUGUUGAGUCGCCCUUAUGCAUUUGGUUGUAUAUUAAGAUUGCGGACAUCGUCUGACUUCAAACUCGGAUACUCUUAUGGACAUUUUUUUCCAGAUCCACAAUAUGAAAAUGUUCAACAUAUCAUCUGCUGUGAUUCUUUUGCCACAUAUGCAUAUGACUUUGAGUUUGAAAAUUCCAGUGGUUUCUUCAGGAAUACAGAACCUCCAGUUCUCCAACUUGCAUUUCAAUAUAGUAUCAUUGUCCCUUCGGAGGAUACUGGAACGUCCGAGUUGAAUUCUAUUAGCAGCUCAAAAUUUUGUGUCAAGAGACGACUACGGAUAAGGACGUUGCAAUAUAGUUUUGCUUCCAACAUAAAUGAACUAUAUGACUCUGUUGAUCCAGAAGCUACACUGUCCAUCCUUGUUCACAAGGUAAUUUUAGCUUCCUUAAAAGAAGGGGUCAGAGAAGGCAGGUUGUUGCUCCAUGAUUGGCUGGUCAUUCUUACUGCUCAAUACAAUGAUGCACAUGGACUUGUACAAAGUGGCACUGUUAAUGCAACAUCACGCGUUGAUGUUGCUUUCUCACAAUGCCCACAGUUGCAGUCCAUGCCUCGGCUAAUCUUUGCCUUGUUAAGGAACCCUCUUCUAGGCUUACAUGAGGAAGGCAUUCACCCAGAUUAUCGGAUAUACUUGCAAUGCCUUUUUAGUGCACUGGAGCCAGCUUCCCUUCAGCUUGCUGUAUAUCCACUGCUUGCUUCCUACACUACACCAGACAAACAAGCAUAUCCUCGCCAUUCGUUAAGCCGUGCCGCUCUCCUCACAAGUGGAAGUCCGAUCUUUCUCUUGGACGCCUUCACUAAUUUAAUUGUGUACUACACACCCUCAGCUGAUCUUUCAAUUCCAUUUCCUCCUCCACAUGAUUGUCUUCUGAGAACAACCAUCAACAAAUUGAAGCAGGAAAGGUGCAUCACACCAAAACUUACAUUUGUACGUGGGGGGCAGGAUGAUGCCUCAGCAUUUGAGAGGUAUCUCAUCGAAGAGCAAGAUAUCAACGGAAGUGGUUUCUCCAGCCUCAUGGGGUUUGUGUCAUUUCUGGAAGACAUCUCUCAGGGAGUGGUAGAAUACCUAAAGUAGAGAAAAGAUUUAAUUACUCAGCAGUACCCUUGAAGAGUAAUUAUCUGACAUUUGUAUCGGCCAAGGUUAUUAAACUAGAAUGUUAAGAGAAUGACCUUGUUUUCUUUAGUUGCGCGUUGUAAUUGCUUUCGAUGAGUUUUAGAUCAGAGCAGCACAGCAUAUCAAUUGCUAGCCAGAGCUUCUGACUUAUACGCAUAGAUUUGCCAACUGAUUUUGUAUUCUUAUCAUUUUUUUUAAUAAUUCAGGUAUCUAGACCUUUAUAGAUUUAAUUAA